GCGCUGGCGAGCCUACAACAGUCGGAACUCGCAGCCCAGCAGCCAGCAGCUUGCAGCCCCGCGCAGCCCCGCACGCAGCCCCGCGCAGCCAUGUUUCAGCCGGUCGGCCAAGGCCAGGACUGGGCCAUGGAGGGCCCGCGGGACGGCCUCAAGAAAGAGCGGCUGGUGGACGAUCGCCACGACAGCGGCCUGGACUCCAUGAAGGACGAGGAGUACGAGCAGAUGGUGAAGGAGCUGCGCGAGAUCCGCCUGCAGCCGCAGGAGGCGCAGCUGGCCGCCGAGCCCUGGAAGCAGCAGCUCACGGAGGACGGAGACUCGUUCCUGCACUUGGCAAUCAUCCAUGAAGAGAAGACUCUGACCAUGGAAGUGAUUCGGCAGGUGAAGGGAGACCUCGCCUUCCUCAACUUCCAGAACAACCUGCUGCAGACUCCACUUCACUUGGCUGUGAUCACCAACCAGCCAGGAAUUGCUGAGGCACUUUUGGAAGCUGGCUGUGAUCCUGAGCUCCGAGACUUUCGAGGAAAUACCCCUCUACAUCUUGCCUGUGAGCAGGGCUGCCUGGCCAGUGUGGGAAUCCUAACGCAGACUUGCACACCCCAGCAUCUCCACUCCAUCCUGCAGGCCACCAACUACAACGGCCACACGUGUCUGCACCUAGCCUCCAUCCACGGCUACCUGGGCAUCGUGGAGCAUCUGGUGUCUUUGGGUGCGGAUGUCAACGCGCAGGAGCCCUGCAAUGGCCGGACAGCCCUCCACCUUGCGGUGGACCUGCAGAAUCCUGACCUGGUCUCGCUCUUGCUGAAGUGUGGCGCUGAUGUCAACAGAGUCACCUACCAAGGCUACUCCCCCUAUCAGCUCACCUGGGGCCGCCCGAGCACCCGGAUACAGCAGCAGCUGGGCCAGCUGACCCUGGAAAACCUUCAGACACUGCCGGAGAGCGAGGAUGAGGAUUGCUACGACACAGAGUCCGAGUUCACGGAGGAUGAGCUGCCCUAUGACGACUGUGUGUUUGGAGGCCAGCGUCUGACGUUGUGAGUGCAAAGCAUCAGAGAACACGGACUUGUAUAUUUGUACAAAACAAGAGCUUUAUUUUUCUAAAAAGAAAGAAAAG